UAUUAUUAAAUACAUUUCCGAAUUCACUUUUUUAUUAUUAUUGAUUUAGAACCAUAAAAUUUAACAGUUUUGGUUUAGCUUCUUUCUCUUCUAAUUAAGUGAUUAAUUAAUUCUAAAUUAAUUAUCAGUUUUAAAUAUCCUACCUUAGAAUUUGAUUCUAUUUUUUUAAUUCAUUAAUUUAAUUAUCCUUAAAUAGGAAUAUGUAUUCAUACUUUUAUUUCUUGUUCUAAGUUGAUAAUUGGUUUUGUGAUUUAAUUUUCUUUUAUUGGCAAUUUAAAUAAUCUAGUUGGUAUUAAAAGAGAUGAAUUUAUGGAUGAUCUAAUUUUUUAGUA